CACAGUCACAAGACUCCUCCUCACUUCGACGACUCGGCAACGAUCGGCAAUCUCCGUCGGCCCACCAACCCCCUACCAUCCCCCUUAUUUAAGUAAAUACUUAAAGUUCAGGUGAUAUUGUUUAUUUUUUGCGUCCGACGCGGUGUCAGUCAGUGAGUGUGCGGGUGGACUUAGCCAAAGACUAAAAAGUACACAUUAUUGUUACGACAGUCAACAAACAUACAUACACACAAAUACAGCACAUGAUGGAGUUGCCAGUGAUUACACUUCUCUGUGUCCUUCUGUACCUUCUCACAGGAUGCCAAGCUGAGAUGGACACCAGGAACAAAGGCCGCGGAAAAGGAUCCAUGUGGUGGGGUAUAGCAAAGGCGGGAGAGCCGAACAAUCUGUCCCCGCUGUCACCUGGAGUCCUCUUCAUGGAUCCUUCCGUCCACAGCACUCUGCGACGGAAGCAAAGGAGAUUGGCCAGAGAGAAUCCUGGCGUUCUUGUUGCAAUCGCAAAGGGAGCCAAUCAAGCGAUCCACGAGUGCCAAUUUCAAUUCCGGAACAGACGCUGGAACUGCUCUACAAGGAACUUCCUGCGCGGAAAGAAUCUCUUCGGGAAAAUCGUCGACAAAGGAUGCAGGGAAACCGCUUUCAUCUACGCAAUCACCAGCGCUGCUGUGACGCACUCCAUCGCAAGGGCUUGCAGCGAAGGUUCGAUAGAGACCUGCAAUUGCGAUUACAGCCAGCACAAGUUGAGACCUCACUCCUCAUCGGGAAGUCCUUCGGUAUCAGGAUUGAGGGAUUGGGAAUGGGGAGGAUGCUCGGAUAACAUUGCGUUCGGGUUCAAGUUCAGCAGGGAGUUCGUGGACACUGGCGAGAGGGGUCGCAGCCUCCGCGAGAAGAUGAACUUGCACAACAACGAAGCUGGUCGCAUGCAUGUUCAAUCUCAAGUGAAACAAGAGUGCAAGUGUCACGGAAUGUCUGGGUCGUGCGCCGUCAAGACUUGCUGGAUGCGAUUGCCUGUCUUCCGAGUCAUCGGUGAUAACCUGAAGGACCGUUUCGAUGGCGCCUCCCGCGUCAUGGUCAGCAAUACCGGUAACGCAAGGAACAGUAACAAUGCCCACAGCAAUAGGCCCAAGCAGGACAAGGUCUCCAAUAGCAUCUCCUCGAACAGCAUCCACACAAAGCGCGAGAACAAACCGCGCAAACACAAGUACGGUUUCCAAUUGAAACCCUACAAUCCGGACCACAAGCCGCCAAGUCCCAAGGAUUUAGUCUACUUGGAACCAUCGCCAGGCUUCUGCGAAAGGAAUCCCAAAUUGGGCAUCCAAGGUACGCACGGCAGACAAUGCAACGACACGUCGAUCGGCGUUGACGGCUGCGACCUCAUGUGCUGCGGAAGAGGUUAUCGUAUACAAGAAGUGGUUGUCGUCGAACGGUGCAACUGCGUCUUUCAAUGGUGCUGCGAAGUGAAAUGCGACAUAUGUAGAACCAAGAAGACCAUCCACAUGUGCUUAUAAAUCACUACAUCACAAUCAACGAUCACCACAAUCAACAAUCAUGUCGUACUUCUAUUUUAAGCAACGCCACGAUGGGAUCGGAACGCCGGACGUUUCGCUCCAUUUCUCGAAAACUAUCGAAAUCCUUCCUCCCAAUUGUCCUCGAUCAGUAUUAUCAGCAUAAUCAUUGUGUAAAUAACAAAGACUGAUUUAAU